AUGUCUCAAACCAAGACAGGCCGCAGACGGCGCUCCAGCAGCAUCAUCUACCAGGAGCCGCAGGAAUCCAUCGAGCAUACCAGCGACCAAGCCGCCCUGCCGAACCUAAACGCCAACUGGGUAAAUGCGAAAGGUGCCUGGACCAUCCACUUCGUCCUCAUCAUCGCCCUCAAGAUCUUCUACGAUAUCAUACCCGGUGUCUCCCAGGAGACUUCAUGGACCCUCACCAACAUAUCCUACAUGUUCGGCUCCUUCCUCAUGUUCCACUGGGUCCGUGGCGUACCCUUUGAGUUUAACGCCGGCGCCUACGACAACCUUAAUAUGUGGGAGCAAAUUGACAAUGGCGACCAGUACACCCCAGCCAAAAAGUUCCUCCUCAGCGUUCCAAUAGUCCUGUUUCUCCUCAGCACCCACUACACGCAUUACGACUUGACAUAUUUCAUUAUCAAUUUCUUGGCAGUCCUUGGUGUCGUUAUUCCAAAGCUUCCGAUAUCUCACCGCAUGCGGAUUGGUUGGUUCGUUGAGGAGGACGAGGAUUCGUAG